UGCGCGAGGCGAGAGAGAGAAACAGAGAGGGAUGGAGUAAUCUGCCCUGUUCGGUCCGAAUCUUUUCCAUUUAAACAGGAGCCAUAUCUGAGCCGCUGGUGUAGAAAACAUCCUCCGGUGCCUUGGCUGGAGAUGUAAUCUAAAGAAAUGGCAGACAGUGGAAAAAAUGGGGAAGGAGGAGGCGAGGAUGAGACUAAAGGGGGACGUAGAUCUUUCCAUGUCCCACAGGGCCUCUCCUCAAUGGGCUCCAACUCUGUUGGUGCAAGAAGAAAUCCAUCUAGGGGGAUUGUGAUCCAUCUGACUGGUACUGAAGGAGAGUGGGACAGCCUAGAUGACAAUGAACUCUUUUUCUCCCUGGAUCAGGCUGAGGACCACAUUUCUAAAUCUCUUCCUAAGGACAGGCUGCUCUCUGCUGAAGAGGAGAGAGGCUCGAAAUCCCAGAGCUUUCAUGUUCCUCUCUCUCCCUCAUCCCCUGGUUCACUGGGGAAUUGUUCUGCAGCCGCCCCCAGUUUCCUCUCUCCUGGGCCAACGUCAACCAGCCAGCGGCCCCUGGCUAGCCUUGUCAAGUCCCUCUCAACUGAACUUGAGCCCAAAGAGGGUUCCACUCUUAGACCCAAGCCUUUCCUCAGCCUGGUAAAGUCCAUCUCCACAGAGCUGUCCCGCUCAGACCCAGAGGUAUCACAAUCCAAAUCAGACUCACGACUCAAUCUCCACUUGUUAAAGCAGCUGACCCAAACUAAAACCAGGAGUGGUGGCGAUUCCCGCACUGCCCCGCCGUCUCCUAGCUCUCUCUCUCCUAGUGGUGAAGCUUUGAAGGGGGGCUUCUUCAAAAUGGAGCUAGAGGACACCAAGAGGAAGCUUUCUGAGGCUGUGCAUGAACCUUUGAGCAGCAUGUUCAGCAAGAUCAUGGGAGAGGAAAGUGGAGGCAGCCCCAAACACCAGUGCAAGUCCAGGUUGGCUCACCAAAGCAGCUGUAGGAGUCUGGGGAGGGAUAGCAGCAUAGACACGGUCUGUUCAGAAUCACCUGUGAGGACUGCAAGAAAAACAGAUAGUGAGUUCCUGCCUGUGUUUGAAUGGCCUUCAGUUCGACACCUGACAGGAUUACAACACAGUCUGUGCCCAGUGCAUCAUCAGAAACAGCAUCACAAGGAAGAGGAGUUAGAAAUAUGCACAGAUGGUGAUAUGAUGCAGGUGUUUGCCUUUGAAACUCUCAAACAGGCAAAGAUGUCAUCUGGUCAUCAAGCCCCAGUAGCAAAAAGAUCCAAGACCUCUACUGUCGCUGGGUCUACACGCCCUCUGCCACGUAUGAGUUUAUUCUGUGUGGCACUACUGUCCUAUGGCUACUUCAUCCUUCCACUUAGUCCAUACGUCUCUGGCCUUGCUCUGGGAUUGGCUCUGGGCUUCAUCCUUGGGUUGUUUCUCAUUCGGAUGGGUUCUUCUGGUGCUGAACGCUCAGCUUCUUCUCAAAGACCAGAAUUGAAGCCGUUCGGGGAUGUUGAUUUCACCGAGGGCUUUGGCAGCACUGAGCCUGGCCCCUUUAAGGGCUGGAUGAAUGAGAUCCAUGAUUAUGACCCAGAAACCUGCCAUCCAGCUCUGACUCACUCCGUCUUUGCCACCCUGGAGGGCCCCUUUCUCCGUCUGGACUACCCACGCACCAACAUUAGCCGCCGGGCCAUGCACGAUGAGAGACUCCAUGAAAGCACCUUUAUAAAGUCAUGCUGCUUUGAUCUUGCAGGGAGCAAAGUCUUCCUCCUGCCAACUGUCUUAGCUCGGAAGAGAGUUUGGAAUCCCAAGUACCCCAUCUGUAUCCAGCUUGUCAGAGGGGGGACAUCUCACGAUGAUGAAGAAGCAGGGUUGGAGGAGAACCUCCCAUCUGAACCAGAAGCUGAACAGGCAGCAACCAUUAGACAAGCAUCCUACAAACAAAGUAGCAACGCUCCUGUCACCCUGUACCUUUUUGGACGCACUGGUCGAGAAAAAGAAGAGUGGUUUCGUCAUUUCAUGCUUGCAUCCACAGACACCGAGGUGGAGAGGCAAAACCUAGGCAGAUUUAACACCCGACAAGAUGGUCCAGCCCAGAACACUAAUGUCCCAGGAUGCAAUGGCUCCAGCGGAAUGGGCAGCAGUGAUGAGGAUGCCCCAUCCACACCUCCAGCCUCUUGUUUCCCUGCAGGUCCUUCCAGAACCACCAGAGGACUUGCAGCUCUUAACUACCAUAGUUACAUGGCUCAACUCUUGGCUGCAGAGGAAAUUACCCCCCUCUCCAGUCCCGGGGCCGGCAGCGCAGAGGCAAGCCCCACCAUUAGAGCAAACUGCACCUGUGAUCAGAUAAAGUCCCCUGAAAUUAGCCAAACCGCCUGGGCCAACGCUUUGAUUGGUCGAAUCUUCUGGGACUUCCUUCGAGAGAAGCACUGGGCCGACGCUGUCUCCCACAAGAUUCAGAAGAAGCUCAGCAAAAUCAGACUGCCUUACUUCAUGAACGAGCUGACUCUAACUGAGCUGGAUAUGGGCUCCUCAAUGCCGCUGAUCAUGGCCACUUCCAGACCAGAGGUUAACCACAGAGGCCUGUGGGUGGAACUGCAGCUGGUCUACACUGGAAACCUGCAGAUGACCCUGCAGACCAAGUUUAACCUGUCCAAGCUGGGUAAAGAGGGCAACCAGGACACAUCACACUGCUUUCCUGAAACUGGUGGUCGAAGUUGCAGGCCCAUCCUCAGCGUGUUGGCAGACAGUGAUGAAGAAUCCUCUAGUGCUGGUUCUUCUGAUGAAGAGGAGCUGCUGCUCUCUGAGAAUCACUGUCCAGUGGGGGAGAAAGGCUCGACAACAGCAAGCGAAGGGACAGGGGGAGGAAAGACGGGAAGGAAGAUUUUAAGAUUUGUGGACAAAAUCGCCAAAACCAAGUGCUUCCAGCGAGCUGCGGAGAGCGAGUUCAUCAAGAAGAAGUUUGAGGAGAUGUCCAACACCCCACUGCUGCUCUCUGUGGAGGUUCGAGAACUGUCUGGCACGCUGGUUGUGAACAUCCCAGCGCCCCCAACAGACAGGAUCUGGUACAGCUUCUGUGUUCCACCCAAACUGGAUCUGCAUGUGUGUCCUAAACUUGGAGAGCGAGAGUUGAGCUUUUGCCAUGUCACUGAGUGGAUAGAGAAGAAACUUCAGGAUGAGUUCCAGAAAGUGUUUGUGCUGCCAAACAUGGAUGACAUUUACUUACCACUGAUGCACUCUGGGAUGGAUAAUCUGAACGCUUGCAAGUCCCCCAACUCCUCCUCGGAGUCCGUAGAGAAGAUCCAGCAUGAAACUGGUGUGAAGCAGUCUAACUAGUGCCUAACUGUUGAUGAGCAGAAGAAAAGGCUUGAAUACACGUCCUUACAGCCCAUGUUUUGAUGUCUGAACCAGGAGUUUUUAAGGUUCCAGCACUCAGGACUGUAGAUGUUCAGAUGUUCACUGUUAAAGUGAAAACCUGGUUUAGGAAAAUGAAGUAUUGACAGUAAAAUAUAAGUGAUACGUUAAGAACAAGU